AAGUACGAGACAAAAUGACAUAAACCAAUACUAAGAGGAAACUGUCAAAGCAACCAAUCUUGCAAGCCAGUUUUGUUUUUGAAUGAAAUAAUUUCAUUGGUGGUGAAAUCGUUGUGAAAUCGCAAACCUGUUUUAUUUUUAUUAUUCUGUUGAAAGGUAAUGGCAGAUACCGAGCUUGUAAUGGACUUUAGCCUACAGCCACGUAGUAAACUGACAACCGUUGUGACUUCCUGUAUGAUAAAUAAAUAAGCCAGAGCUGGAAUAUAUUUCAAGCUGCCAGUAUGAGGUGUAUGAGAUACUGCAUUAUGAAACUUGAAAAAUCAGGAUUAUGUCCCAAUUCACAAGGCUAUUCAACUUGAGUAGUUAUUUGGAGGAGCUGGUUCUAAUGGAAUCAAUAAUUAUGAUAUUUAGAUGUCAACAAAAAACUAAAUUAUGUAAAAGUGAAUGUUGAAGUUUCGCCCCACCUCUGAAUGUGUUGGGGAAAGUAACAUGUACGAACGAAUGUAUAAAAGUGCUGCUGCCAGUUUCGACUACUGCUGCCAUGUCACAGAGUCCAUAAUCAAGAUCGCCGCUGUCGGGCACGGCAUCUUGUCACAGAGACCACUGCUGCCCUGCACAGGGUCUACCUACUACCGCACUGCACGCUCUAUCGACUACCGCUGCCUUGCCACAGAGUCCCCUUCUCAAGACGACUGCUGCAUUGCACAGCGUCUGUUUUACUACACUGCACCGGGUUUACAGACUACUGCUGCCUUGUCACAGAGUCGUCCUUCAAGACCGCUGCUGCCCUGCACAGGGUCUCAAAGACUGCUGCUGCCUUGUCACAGAGUCGUCCGUCAAGACCGCUGCUGCCCUGCACAGAGUCUCAAAGACUGCUGCUGCCUUGUCAAAGAGUCGCCCUUCAAGGCCGCUGCUGCCCUGCACAGGGUCUCAAAGACUGCUGCUGCCUUGUCACAGAGUCGUCCGUCAAGACUGCUGCUGCCCUGCACAGGGUCUCAAAGACUGCUGCUGCCUUGUCACAGAGUCGCCCUUCAAGACCGCUGCUGCCCUGCACAGGGUCUCAAAGACUGCUGCUGCCUUGUCACAGAGUCGUCCUUCAAGACCGCUGCUGCCCGGCACAGGGUCUCAAAGACUGCUGCUGCCUUGUCACAGAGUCGCCCUUCAAGACCGCUGCUGCCUCGCUCGCACAGCGUCUUCAAUUUACUAUUAUUGCCAAAUCUGCUACCUUGCCACAAUCCGUUCAAGAUCGAUCACAGGAUCAAAAGACUACUGCUGCCUUGCACAACGUAUAUUAUGUUAACUACCUACACUGAUGUCUGAUGUAUUACCGCUGCUGCCACGGCACAGCCGGUUUUAUUUACUUUUGCUGGUUUGUGAUAGAAUCGCCGCUUCCUGCUGCUUUACGUGUAAAUUGACCGCUGACUCCACUGACGAGACCCCUGUUACCAUGUCCCGGUGAGACGUAAGAUAAAGAAGUCUUAUAAUUUAUUAACUGAAAAUAAGUAGUACCAUGCCAGAGCUUACUAUGAUUAAUAUAAUAUAUUUCAAUGCGGCGAAAAAACCUCAGCACGUGUAGUUGUUAACGCUGCUACGUGCAGCAUUGUCCUUAGAUAUGGACACCGAAAUGGCCUGAGUCCUCGAGCGACCUGUGAAAAAUUUUCUCGACAAAUGACUAGAAUGCAUUGGACUUCGCAAAGUCAUCACGCCGACAACCGUGCAUCGAGCUAUACCUUUCCCAUAUUGAGCCAAUGGUAAGAAAAAUGAGCUAUAAUAAUAUUGGAGCAUAUAUUAGUAAAUAUCAGUAGGUAUCUAAAAAGCGUUGCGAAAGGUAAAUUACCUAGAGUUCUUGGUCUUGGUUAAUUUCUAUGCAAGUCGAAUGCCAACAAAGAAAAUAUUUUCCUACAUGUAGCGAACUAUCAUGUUAGGCUCUCGUUCCGAAGGCACACAGGCGCAAAGUUCUUGUGUUUUCGCAGCCAAGGA